AUGGCUAACCGCGACCGUCUUUUCGGAGAAGAGCAAUUCAUCCAACUCCAGCCAGACGAGCUCUCCGGCCGGGCGUGGCCAAAACCAAGCCAAUCGACGAGCAAACGCAUCGACAAGAUCCGGCCGCAGCGCAGAGACGAAUUUCUCAACGAGCUAGCGUUUGUGCCACCACCACCACCAACAACAACGCGCAAAAUGUCGGGCAAGCGGGGUGACGACCCUCUUCGCCAGUACGGCGGCGAGACCGAUGGGAGAUAUCCCAAAUUCACCCCAACUACAACAGCACGUGCGCCGCCCGAGAACGAGUUCGCCGAAUGGCGCACAAGAAUGACGCCGCCUGCUCCCAGAGAUCCGCCUGUAGACUACAUCAACCCUCGACCCGCAAUCAGGCAACGGUAUGUGUCGGCCGGAGGCACGGCAAAGCUGUCCGACCGCGCAGAGAUCGAGGCUCCUGUCACCGCAGCACCUACGAGCUUUACCAGCUCUCCGCCUCGCCAUUCAAUGUCCGACUUUUUCCCUUCGCAAUCGACCGCCGACCCUCCGAGCUCCCCAAUUGCUCAUCCACUCUCCGCCGUCUUCCCAAUACGACCAGAGAGCACCAGCAUCAGACAACGCUACGUCUCAGCCGGCGGCACAAUACCGCUAGCAGACAGACCAGAAGUCGAGCCGCCCACUGUCCCACCAUCAAUACUACAAGAAGAUGUCCUCGUACCGUCGAUGAGACUGAGUUCUGCAGACGAUGAACGCACUCGCAAUGACAGUUUCGUGGCAUCAAGAACCAGCAAGGACACCAGACCGCCGCAGACUCCGGACAACAAGAAUGAGUCUGAAAACAAACGGAACCGAGACCGCACGCGGAGUUCGGCCAGCGCAAGGCUGAGCAAGCUGAAGCGAUGGUUUUCGAGCAGUUCUGGGCCGGCUGAAGAUUGA